ACAGUACNGGGCCUUAUUUUAAAAAAGAUAUACAUGGUUUACUUCUUUAUUUAAAGGCCCAUUUGUAACUUAUAAGGCAAGGGCAACGAAUGUUAAAAACAGGUUAUAUUUUCUGUGAUUGGCUGAGAGCAGGCCAAUUUAUCGUUAAUUUUUAAUUUGCACUGCAGUACAGUGAGUGAUCGUGUGAAAGCGCGAGCGAUUGAGAAUUUCCUCCACUCGUGAUAUUUGAAAAUUCUUUCAAAUGGUGCAGUUUUGAGAGACUUUUCAAAUGUCAGUUGUGGUGUAAAUCCCUAAUUUCACUCGCAUUUUAGUUACCAAGCUAAUUUAUUCCAUUUUGAUCUUCAAAACUCUUCUUGUACAGAAGUUGCAAAAGACAAUAUGUACUUCAGUCCUUGUGGGAAUUUUUCUGGAUUUUUUAGAUUGCAUUAUCAUCAACCUCUGCGUUCGUGCACUGCUAGUGCUGGUUGUUUUGGUGAAAUUAUCACUUGUGUUAUCAUGUAGUUUUCUCCCGUGGAGUUGAUGGGUUAGGAGCGAGUGCGUGCUAUUAAUUCAAUGUGAACAGCUGAAUUCUCUCAUGCAUAGAUACAAGCGUCUACAGAUGAAAUGCGGCAGGAAUGCUUUAAAAAGAGAACUAAGGCGAGCGAUUACUUGGUAGUCAAAAAGUGCAAAAUGUAACGAAAAACAUAACUUUAAUUUAUGUACAGGUUAGUUUUAAAUAAUGGCUUUUUACUGAACGUGACACAAUCUUUAAGAAGUGGCGUUACCUAACAUGACAGAAUCGCCUACAAUGGCAACACGUAAACACGCGCCAAGUAGGGGCGGUUAUUCUGCAAGAUCUUGCCAAAGAACGGGCACUUUCUUUUAAGUUUUACGUAUGAGAAUAGGCUUUAAAUUAGAAAUUAGUUUAAAUGUAGUACUUUCACAAUUGCCUCAAGUAGGAAACAACAUAGUGUAAUAUAAUUGUGACCAAUUCACGAAGCAAGUAUAGCGAUCGAUACGUUGUCCAGUAUUUCCUCGGUUUAGCAAACGGGAAGGAACCAAGGAGUUGAUCCACCAGUUGAAAACGAAAACCUGGAGAAUUAAAGAACGUUUUUUCUUUUUCUUUUAAGAUGUUAAAAGAGGCCAUCGAACAGAAUCUUACAAAUGUUUUUCAGUGGACCGAGGAAAACCUCUUUCAUGGAAAGGGGGACACUCGAUAGUCCAGUUUGUCGUUGAAGUUGGCGUGAUCGGUCUGUCCAGUAGCUGGGCCGGGGCAAAACACUCCUGAAAUUUGGAUAUCUGAAUCAUACAACAAAAAAGUAGCCGAGUGUUCUCCCGCCGGCGAUGCUUUUCCAGCACUGACUCCGGCAAUAUCUCUGACUCGUCCCGCUGCCCUAAAGAGAGACUCGUCUGCACUGAAAACGUACGCGAGGAUUUCACGAGAAUACUGAGUUACCCUGGUAAGACGGGCAUGGUUGGUUAGAAGCCCACUUUGGAUGAAAAGUGUAGAUUACUCAUGUUAGUUCCAUCUAGUUUAAUUGAUUCACAGAAAAGCUCCGGGGCGCGUUUCACGAAGUCGUUUCUUUGUGUUCAGUUCAAGCCUUUCCGGAAAUUAAUGACGGCUAGGAAGGGAGGACGAACAAGAGGUGCUGCCGACUAACUUUGAGACCUUUCGUGAUGACCCGGUAAUAAUUAACCGCAAGGCCUAUCGGUAAAAAUUUGCUUGCAAAAUCGUGGGGCAGAUUUGAAAGGUUAAAUCUGAAACACAAGUGAAGUUCUGCCGGGUGAUCCAUACUAAGUGCUCAGAGAGGUGAGCUCAGCGCUAGCGUUCAGUGGAACGAUUUGCUCACAUGUUAGAUCGUCAACCGAUCGCGACUUGCGCGUGACUUCUGUAACCUCGGACAGGUUUACUGCUCUUCCCAUUCAGGUAAUGUACACCCCCCUUCCGCAUUUUAGCUAGAUGACUUUACAAUACGCACAUACAUUGACUGGUCUAGAUUUUGAAUGUAAACUCCUUCUUUCCCACUGACUUCUUGUGAUCUGUUCUUAUUGGCUGAAAAUUGACAGAAUUCAGACGUGACAGCUUGGGAAAAGUAAAAUUUGUUUUUGCCUUAGCUGUACAGUGAAUAAAAAACAGGCGUUGUUUGGGCACAUUUGUCCCGUCGAAGCCAACAACUUUAAGAGUAUGAACAUCCGGGAACUUUGGUCACGUGAUGCAACAUGCGUGCGCACAGGAAACGCGGAAAGUCGCUUCGUAACACGCAAGUUUUUAUCGCAGUUUCCCUUCUGAUGAAAGAAAUGGAAGAAACCUUUGCAGAAAGUGGAAGUGAGAACUUCGUUAAGCAGAGAAACCAUGCCGGACCAUUACCGAGGGGUCUUUAUGACCUGUUUCUCAGUUGUAUUCGCGCGCGCUCCGCAGCCACCCUCCCACGGUGGCAAUGUCCUUGGCCGAGUGGACCUGAUUUGAAAGCGGCCGGUUUCCCGAAACCAAAAGGUGGCGUUACUAGGCGAGAAAAGUUUAAAAACUGGGCUGAACGCAUGGAUGUACGCUUCGAUUCUGAGGCUAACCGUGAAGUACUUGUUUACAAAAGAACUGGGAAGAUAAUAGUGCCUGUAGAAGACUUUGAGGCAGUUGUAAGUAAAGUACAUUCAGAGGGGCAUUACGACGCUAAGAAGACAUUCUCCUUGAUUCAAGAAAAGUACACAGUGGGUCACAGGGACUUUGGAAUUGACAAGAGCAUCAUCAGCAUUGUGGUAGAAACAUGUCCUGGAUGUCUAAUGAAAGCCAAACUUUAUAAUGGGAUCAAAAAUGGAGACAAUGACCCAUUGGAAAAUGGCAGACUACCUCACGUAACAUACAAUGGAAAAUUCUCAAGUGAUGCACGAUCCAUGGUUGCUAAUGUCCCGGACAAUAAGUGCAUAUGGUUUGAUAAGUCAGCCCUUGCAGUAAGUCUGGAUUUCAACAGUAAACUCCAGGGUUUGAUAAAUGAGCUAAGAGGAGAGUAUGGAGCUGUUCUGCGGGGAAACAAAGAUGCCAAGGAUAGGCUAUUAAAGAAAAUAUCCAUUACUCAAUUUAUAAUAAAGGAACACAGGAAUUCGGCGCACUUAUCAGCGGAAAUACCCGAGUACAACCAAACCUUUAUCGAUGAUAUGAAAUCCCUUCUGGAGAGCUACAGAAUGCUUGGGAAAGAACAAUUGUUUGUUGCGGACAUGCAACUUCUUGGUGAAGCUUACAGAGGAGAAGGCUACACAGACUUAUUUCUGCAAAGUGUGGAAGCGCUCAUACGUUCACUUCUAUCCAGAUAGCAAUUGCUGAGCGAUUACUAGUUGUGAUGUGACCAAACGGUUUUCGGUAGAAAUUAAACUCGCCUGAUAAGACAACGCCAUAAUGUCAGCAGAAAGCGAAGUUAGUGUUCAGUGUUUAAAUGUUUGUAAUAUUGUAUAUGUUAAUAUUCAGUCGUUAAGAGACCUUUUUCAUGACCCUGGAAUGUAAAAACGCGUUCACACUUCCCUUUGUGUUUGUUUGCCCUUUAUUUGCUGAUGAAACCUUUGGAGUGUGUUGAGGUAAUCAGAACAAAGUGCUGCCCUUGUCAGCCAAUGAGAUGUAAAGCCAACAAAAUAAACUUGUUUUGUUUAACUCG